CCGUGGACAAGAGUCUAGCGACAGCAAUGCUACCGUCCUGCAACUGGCAGCAAAUGCCGAUCCUCUCCGAAGUUGGCCGAUCGGGAGCGCCUACCCCCUGGAUGUUUGAUUUCCAAAUGACAUAUAUAAUCGUGCCGCCGGCCCCGGAACGAGCGUGAGCGAUGCGGCAGCCGGCCCCGGAACGAGCGUAAGCGGUGCGGCAGUUGCAGGAAGGUAGUUGCUGUCGCUAGACUCUUCUGUCCGUGGCUGCUGAUACUGUCGUCGCCGAGGCCGCGACUGAGAUGGGCAGCAGGCGGUUCCGACACAGGCCAAGUCUCGCGGAGGACAGUUCCGAGGCUUCUGCGGAGUGGAUGCUUCGAGAGCACUCAGGCGAGGAGUGGCCAGAGUCUUACAAACGAGCUACAGAUGGCAGCACACAUUCGCUACACAAAGUUUGAAAGAAUAGCCCAAUAAUAAUGAAUAUUUUUUAUCAGCUAAGUCAGUUUGGAACUGCAGUUCUGUGAACAAAUACGAGGGCUUUGUCAAAUAUAAAAGAGAUUAGCUGAGUAUUAACAUCAUAGUUUUAAACAUGUUACAAAUUAUAGUAUGUUGAAUAUAAAAAAAUAGAUAUAACUGAGAAAAGAAUACAAAAAUAAUGUUUUAAAAACUUUUUUUUUCUAAACAAGUAUCUGCUUCACCUUUAUUUAUUUUUGUUAAACUUUAACGUUUUUUUUAUCGGAUGAAGUCUAAAAUCGUAUUAUGAAAUGAAUCCACAGAACAUUACAGUCGAAAACAUUUCGCGGGAGCGAACUAUCACAUGAAGCAACGACUCGCUUGAAGCAGCAUGGAGGGUCGCGCCGUCGCGGACAGACGUGAAGACAGGAGGAGCACCGUCAGCGACGGGAGGACGUCGCCGGCGACCGUGGAACUGAGCGGGGCGCUGGCCGCUUCGCUGCGGACGAGCUCCCGGGUAGUCCCCGUGGACCUGCCGCUGACCGAGGAGCAGAGCAGAGUCCUGUCUGUGCCCGACAGGCAGGGCAACACGCCUCUCCUCGCGGCCGCCGAGAGCGGGGACAGGGACAGCCUGGAGUUCAUCCUGCGGCACGGGGUCGACGUGGACUUCUGCAACAGGAACACCGGUCGAAGCGCCAUAGACGUUGUCUGGGAAAACGAGUCCUACGACUGCAUGCUGUUGCUGCUGGAGGCGGAUUCGAACUUUCCGAAGGAUUUCUCUCCGCGCCACAUCGACGAAAUAGAACCCGAACCUGUCGAGUUGAAGUUGUUCGUCCAACAAAGGGAAGACCUGCACAGAUGGAUUAAAGAGGGCAAUGCCCAGGAAGUAAGAAGUUACAUUUCGCAACACAGAUUUUCUAGAUUUUUAAAUACCGAAGGAGUACCAGCUGUAUUAACUGCAGCAAAAUGUGGCGAUGUUGAUGUGUUGGCAGCUUUAUUGGAUAUUCCUGUUCCUGUUGUGCCUGAAAAACUUCUUCUGACAGAAAAUAUGAGAAAUAUGUUGAAACUCCAAGACAGCAAUGGAAACACACCUCUUCUGUUAGCAGCAAAAGCUGGCAAUGAAGAAAUUGUGGAUUUUUUGAUCAAAUGUGGCACUGAAAUAAAUUUUACUAACAAGGUAGAUAAAAAAGCAGUAGACUUAGCCUGGGAAUGUGGAAAUUAUAAAAUGGUUUUAUUACUUCUGAAAGAAGAUUCUCAUUUUCCGAAGAGUUUCACUGUCGAUGAUUUGUCCGAAAACGACGAUAUUGCAGAGCAAUUGGUGUCGUUUGCUAAUUCUAGAAAUGAACUACAUAAUCACAUUAAAAACGGAAAUCACAAAGCGGUGGAAAGUUUCAUUAAUAACCACGGGCAGUCAUCGAAAUAUUAUUUUAAUAGUAAAGGCGCAUCAGCACUUCUGACAGCUGUAACACAUAGCCAGUACCUAAUAUACCCAUUCCUGGUGUCUAGAGGAAUACACUUCAAGGAUCAACAGGAAUCCGAAUGCCUCGCAAACCUGAACCACGAGGGGAAGACAGAUUUAAACAAUUAUAUGUUACAAUAUUUUUCUGGAGCUGAAAAUUCACAUAUACUUUAUUUAGUUUCAAAAUCAAAAAGUAUGAGGCCUCUUGAAAAUUUCGAAAAUGAAGUCAAAGGAUUUUACUGUGAACUCAACCGCAUUCCAGAGAUUUCAGUUGCUCUCCAAGUCCUGCAGUACGCGGACAACAUUGAAAUAGCGUUCGACUUUGACCGGGAAGACGUGUCGCACUUGGAUCCUCGCCACACAACCACAACGAAGGGCACAACUGAGUUCAAAUCAAGAAGACUGUAUGUUGGUUUCAAGAGGGAAACCCCACUUCAAGAGUCAGAACGAUUAGGCACACUUGCACACGAGCUCGCCCACUUAACAAUGCAAAUUAUAUAUCAAAAUGAUUGUAAUCCAUAUGGAAAAUAUGAUUUAGAUGAACAGAGAAGGUUCGCAGAACUCGUUUGCAAUGUUAAAAAACACUGCGAUCGUUCUCCUGGCGUGGACGAUAUCAUAAAAAGAGUAUUUAUUGACUACACGAACCCAGAUGACUGGCCUGCUGAAUUGAUUGUGAGAAUCCCUCAUGUGUUAGCUAAGUAUGGAACAGAUGAAGGCAUGGACAUCAUACAGAAACACACCCCAUUGCUGUAUUGUUUCUACAAAAACCAUGUGAUGCACAAUUGCACAGAAUUCACACGCAGUAGUUUUCUUAUCAAGCCCAGAAACAUGAUCAUGCUACUGAAUCAGCAUCUAGGCGUGGUAAAUGAGUUUCAGCGAGCAAAUAUCUGGUUCACUCGAUCUUACGAUCCCCAAAGCUUUCUUCAAAGCGAAAAUCACAAUGUUUUGCUCUUAGGUACAUCUAGUACUUUGUUGAGUAGCUUAUGUGUUUACCAGACACUACAAAAGCUACUACAGAUCUCGUUUGAAAACAGUUCCCUGAUGCUACGAAUAAGCCCCUCUGAAGAUAUCCAAAAUGACAUUAUCCAUACAUUCAGUUCACAAGCAUGUAAUUUGAUGAUUGUAGAAUGCCCAAAUGGCAUUGAACCUCAAUUAUCAAAAAUUUUGGCGGAACUAUAUCACGUGUUUCGUUCAAACAGGAGAAAGAAGGUCAUAUUUAUAAUAAAAUCAAACCAACUUUCGCACCUAAAGUUAGCCUGUGACCGAUCUAAAAUCACACCCAGACUCGUGGAAGACUAUGACCAGGAAUUUACAUUAAAAGAUUUUAGAGAGGAAUCACAGAAAAUUCUGCUUGAGCGUACAGUAAUAUUUCAAGGGAGUACUAUUGCUGUAAGUGACUUAUUUGGUGACAAAUAUAAAACCUUGGUAGACUCAGAAACGUUAACGAAACUGGUGAAGAAAGAAAAAAUCGAAAUAGGUAACAUACUACCGGAGCUGGGUGAUAUUGGAAACUAUUAUGUUACUCGAAAUCUAACUAUACGUGAAGAAAUAUCAGUAAAAAUUUUUGAUGAUAACGAAAUAAACGAUUUGUUUUUUGUAACUGGUCAAAAUGAUAGUCUAAGGAGUAGUCUUAAAAUACACAAGUUUGUACCGAACAGUGAUGAUUUAGAGGAUGAGCAAUUUUCAAAAUUUUGUGCGCAAAAUUCAGAAAUGAACAUUCAUUGGUUAAAGUGGAAGGAAGAAAGGUUAUAUUGGAUACUGACCAAAGGUUCUUUUUCUGGUCUAACUAAGUACAGAUUUCAUAGAUUUCAAACAUACUCGGUAAAUGAAUCACUAUUUCAAGAUGUCAGACAGAAAGCAAUUAUCAUUUCUAGCACAGCUGGAAUGGGAAAAUCGACCAUAAUAACGGACAUCGCUCAAAAAAUGAAAAACAACUCACCCAGUAUGUGGAUAGUGCGUAUUGAUUUAAACAACUUCAACGAUGAACUGUCAAAACUAAACGUUAGAAACAAUCUUCAGCUCGAUGAGAAUACAGCUGCUGAGUUUUUGUGUCACAAAAUGUUAAAAUUGAAUAAUGUUUUCGAACGAAAUCUAUUUACUGAGUACAUUAAAACAGAAGGCGCCGUGACCCUGUUCUUUGAUGGAUUUGACGAGAUCAGUCCAGUGUACACGGAUGUAGUAACAGCUUUAUUGAAGGCUCUAAAACGUUGCCCAAUAAAAAGGUUAUUUGUUACUACGAGACCUAGUAUGACAACAUUAUUAGAAGGAGAAUUAAGCACAUUUUCUCACAAUUUAGUGCUAUUUAGUGAAGAAAAUAUAAACCAAUUUUUAGUUCGAUUUUGGAGGCAUAAGUUCAAUUUAGUAAGAGAAUCAGAAGGUAAAUUAUUAGAAGACUAUGCCACAGCAGUAUUAAAAAAACUCUCAGUUUCACUUAACGAUGGAGGAAGAGCAUUUACUGGGGUUCCUUUGCAAAUGAGAAUGGUUGCUGAAAUUUUUCCAGAAAACCAUAAUUUCGAUGAAAUAAAUUUGCCAGAAGUAAUUGAUCUACCCAAACUUUAUGAACUUUUCAUUGAUAAAAAAUAUUACAUUUACAAGAAAGAUAAAGUCAAACCUAUAACGGUAAUUGCCGAAGAUGUAGUUGAACAAUUUCGCCCAAUUUCAAUUAAAAAACACCAAAAGUUAGCUAUGUUUAGCUUAUUUCCAAAGGAAUUCAUUUGUUUCGUAUCCGAUGAUGAAUCAGAAGAUUUGGAAUCUUACAUAUUAAGAAUAAAUAAAGGUCAAGAACGUACCGGAUUUAUUAACAAAGUUCAAGUAAUUGAAGACACUGCUAAACUGCUCUUCAUUCAUCGUUCGUUCUCUGAGUACUUUGCUACUGAUUUCAUAUUAAGCAGAUUAAGAAAAAAGAAGCAGAUUAUUUUGGAAAUACUUGAGCUCCUUUUAACCAAAAUUUUAACUAUGCCAUCAUAUGAAUUAAUUCGUAUAUUUUUCAAUGCCAAGUUGACUAGACAGCCGUUAGAAGGUGUUGUAUCAGAGAAGUGUGGCGAAAUCAUUAAUAAUAUUUGGUUAUCAGCACCAGAAAAUAUAUGCACUGUAAAAAAUGAAACAAUAUUACAUUUAGCAGUUAAAGAGAGGAAUUUUGAAAUUGUAAGUUUUAUUCUGUCUAGCUUAAACAGGCGACAAGUUCUCAGAAAAUUUAUAAACUAUGAAGACGAUGAAGGCUUAUCGGCAAUACAAGAAGCAGUACAAAUUGAAAAUGUGCAAGUGUUACAGUGGUUAGUAGAAAGAGGUGCUAAUGUAAAUGCUGUCGAUAAUGAUGGCAAAUCAGUAUUAUUCUAUGCUCUUAAAUAUCAACAAUUAAAGUUUUCAGAUUAUUUGACUGAACAUGGAGCAGAUGUUAAGUUAGUAGAUAUCCAUUCUUUAUAUCGAUGUCUGGACGAUAAGCCACAAAGAUUGGAGGUGUUGAAGAUGUUGGUGGAUAAAGGUGCUAACAUAACGAUGGAAGAUAAUUAUGGCGAAACAUUGUUGCACUGCGCUGCUGAGAGAGGCGAUUAUGAAUUUAUUAAGUGGUUAAUAGAAAAUGGAAAAGUGUGUGUUAACUACGAAGACAGCGAAGGAACAAAGCUGAUUCAUUUAAAUGCUUCGUCUGGUCAAUGGGAACUGGUUAAGUGGUUGAUACAACAUGAGAGUUGUGAUGUAAAUGUCAAAGACAGAAUUGGUAAUUCAGUUUUAAAUUAUGCUGCUUUUAAAGGAUGUUUCGAUGUAGUACAAUGGCUUGCCAAACCUAAAGCUGAUGGUGGAGGUGGUGCUGACAUUAAUGCUAAAGGGGAGCUUAAUUCAAGUGUGCUGCAUGAUGCAGCUAUAUCUGGAAACAUAGAUCUAGUAGAAUGGCUCGCUACACCGGUAAUACAAGGGGGAGGUGGGCUUGACAUCAAUGCUAAAGAUGAUGAUGGUAGAACACCUCUUCAUGAGGCAGCAUUCUAUGGGCUCUUGGAUUUAGUGGAAUGGAUGGUUAAAGCACAGAAAGAUGGUGGUGGCGGUGCUGAUGUUAACAUUAAAGACAAAAAUGGUGAAACAGCGCUGUAUAGCGCAGCUUAUUUUGGUCAGUUGGAGCUAGUACAGUUGCUUUUGAAUAAAACGCACGAUGUACAGAUCCCCAAUAAAGACGGGAAGAUGGUUCUUCAUGUAGCUGCUGCCUUCGGGGAAGUGAAUCUCGUGGCCAAGCUGUUAGAUGAUGGCAUAUCGAGCGUCGAUACCAAGGACGCAUUUGGACGCAGUGCACUGCAUUAUGCUGCUGAACACAACAACCACGAAGUGGUAAGCUUAUUGUUGGAUUAUGGAGCUAGUGAGGACUGUAGGGAUAAUGAAGGUGGACUAGCGAUCCAUUAUGCUGCAUCUACAGGUAAACAUGACAUCGAAAAAUGGCUGGAAGACAGAUAUGUAGAUAUCAACGUGGCUAUUAGUCUUGAUUGUGAUGGAGCCAUUAAGAAACUCAACUUCACAUUAUAUCCACAUAAAAAACACAUGAUCACAUUUCUAAGGAGAAAAAAGUUUAAAAUUGAAAAUGAUAACAAUGACAAUAUUAAUUUAACAAUUGAUGCUUUAGCUACACUCAAAGUGUUAAUACACCGAGGAUCUGAUGUAAAUGAAGCAGACUAUACUGGUAAAACUGCAUUAUACAAUGCUGUUUUUCUAACCCAUCGAGGUGUUGAAAGCUGGGAUGUAGUUCGAUGGUUAAUCAAACCAGCCACCAAUUGUGGUGGAGGUGCUGAUGUCAGUGCAGUGGAUAUGUGUGGUAGGACAGUGUUACACGAAGUCGCCAAAUAUGGCGAAGUAAAUACACUGAAAAAUUUGCUGGAACUCCUUCAGGAUGACGCACGAAUAGUCAAUAAUAGAGACAAGGAUGGCCGUACACCACUACACGAGAUCGCCCGGAAUUCUUCAUUCUCAGGCGUCGAUGUGAUCAAACUGCUGGUAGAGAACGGAGCUGACAUCAAUGCUCCAGACAAUAAUGGUCGUACAGCACUGCACGAGGUAUCAAAAAGUGGUUUUACGGAUGCAGUAAGGGUUUUAUUUAAUCCAGACAUGGAUACUGAAAGACGAGGAAAUGUUUGUGCAGAGGACAACUGUGGCAGAACGCCGUUGCAUGAGGCCUGUGCGGCUGGAAAUCUGCAGGUUGCAAAACUCUUGGUAUUAAACAAUGCCGAUGUCAACAGCAGGGACAAAGAUGGCCGUACGUGCUUACACUAUGCUGCUUUGUCCAAUAAAUUUAAGGUUGUAAAAUGGUUACUCGAGAAAUGUGAUAUCAAUUAUAAAGACAAUUUUGGUAAAACUGCUUUCAACUUAGCACAAGAAAACGAGAGCGAGGAAGUCGUCAAGACCAUGACUGAACAUUUUGUCGCUGAAUGAGGAUUAUAAAAGCUAUAGUGGGAGUUGAUAAUCGUAACAUGUACGAUGUACAAAGAUGUUCAGUGAUUGAUGAUGAAUAAACUUUCCCAUACGAACAACAAGAAAAUUAUGGUCUAAUAUACCUGUUUCAGGUGCUUUAACAUUGUAGCUCAUGUUUCCAUGAUAGUAAUUAAUAAAAAAAAAGUGGCAAGAAAUUUGGCUUUGUUAGAAAAUUAAUGGACAAUAUAACAAUUUUUUUCAAUGGAUUGACCAAUUAUUUUAUGAUGUAUUGAACUAGCAAUUUAAAGUUAAAAAGAGGAAAAAAAAUACUGCAUUGUGAAUAUUACACACGUUCUUCUAAUAGGGAACGACUACAUCAACAUGAACGAUGGUUCUUGAAAGUUUCAAGAAGGACAAGAGACAUAGUAUUGAUCAGGAGGAAUAAUCCCAAUGGAUGCCUUGAAAGACGCUAUAGGGUGAAGGGUAAUGAUGUGGGAAGCAGGAGAAGAGUGCGGGCGGCUCGUAUGACCAGGACCUCGCAGACAGAGAGAGAGGGCACUGCUGGGGGGACGUAGUCGCUCACGAGGGCGGGAGGUGGAGACAUCGCAGCAGCCGUCGGCGAGCCCUAGCCCGCAGCAGGAGUACCUCUGCGGCACCUGGGUCUGGUGGACCAGGCGGCGAGGAGGGCGCUGCUCGUGUGACCAGGACCUCGCAGACAGAGAGAGAGGGCACUGCUGGGGGGACGUCGUCGCUCACGAGGGCGGGAGGUGGAGACCUCGCAGCAGCCGUCGGCGAGCCCUAGCCCGCAGCGGGAGCGCCUCUGCGGCACCUGGGUCUGGUGGACCAGGCGGCGAGGAGGAUGCUGCUCGUGUGACC